CCUUUUUAUUAUUCUUUCUCCAUUUCUCACCUUUUCCUUUUUGCUUAUUAGUUUAGUUUAAAGUUUAAACUCUUUCUCUCUCUCUCUCUCUUGAAGCUUCUCUUUCUCUUUCUCUUCUCUACACAACACAACACACGCGGGCAGCGGGCUUAUCGCUUUCAAUCUUCCCUCACUUCCCACCUAAAAUCUAUCACAACAAAACAUUCCCAAUCCAAAGCCUUAAGAGAGAGGGGGAAGAAUUUUUGUUCUUUUAUUGGGAAAAAAAAGAAAAAAAAAAUGAGCAGUGAAGACGCAAAGAAGAACAUUACUGGAGCUCUUAUGCAGAGACCUAUCCCCGACGACCGGAAGCCCUCGCCCACAGCGCUUCCGGCGGCGGCGCCGCCACCCAAAAAGGUCAUCAUCAAGAGUGCAGAUAUGUUGCCCGACAUGCAAAAGGAGGCUGUUGAUAUCGCCGUCAACGCGUUUGAGAAGUACAAUGUGGAGAAAGAUGUUGCAGAGCAGAUAAAGAAGGAGUUCGAUAAGAGGCAUGGACCCACUUGGCAUUGCAUAGUUGGUCGCAAUUUCGGUUCAUAUGUGACUCAUGAAACAAACCACUUCCUUUACUUCUACUUAGACCAGAAAGCGGUUUUGCUCUUUAAGUCCGGCUAAGCUGCAUUGUGAUGGUGGUAAAAAAGGAGUUUAGAGAAAACAAUGGGAAAUUUGUCUUGUGAUUAUGGCGCGGCUAAAUUAAAGCCCUGCUCAUGUGUAUUAAGUCUCGCUGACCCGCAAACUCUUUGCAGGACAUUCGUGUGCUUGUAUAUUUCAUGAUGAUGCCAUGUGAACUGCUUCUCAGAUUUGGAUAUCAAUCUAAAAUUCUUAGUCUGUUUACUUUUA